UGAAUGCCCAGCGCAUCAGAUCUGAUACAGUGUGAGCAGCAGUCCCGAGUAGUACAUCCAACGUGCAGCAGUCGCAGUGCGCGAAGCUCUUGAGUCCAUGAUAGCCAGUGGUGAGUGGAAAAGUCUGACGAGUGUCGCAAGCUGAAAUAGUAUCAAGUGUUGCUGGCGUUGCUCUCAUCUCCUUUUUCCCGUCCACAACCUACGUCCCUGCCAUUCGCCAUCGCCGUGACACAUCGUUGGCAUUUACACCCUCCCACUCUUAUCCCCAAAGCACUCUCUUUCCCACUACGGCGAUGACCCGCCUUGCGACUUCCAGUCUCUCGCUUCUCCGCGCAUCGUCCAACCGAGCACUGAGCAGCACAAGCACAAGCGCAGUCCGAGCUUCCAGCGUCUCCCUGCUGAACGCUUCCCGUCCCGCCCCCUCCAAGGCUUCCUCCCGCCAACCCUACAGCCUUCGCGCCGCCCUCUUCUCAACCUCUGCUAGCAAGAUGGCUGGCGGUGCUGGUCUUGGUGAAUCCAACGUCCGCCCUGACCCCGAUCAGGUCGUUCAGGACAUUGCCGACUAUGUGCACAACUUCGAGAUCACCUCCGAGACAGCCUGGAACACUGCCCGACUGUGCCUGAUGGACUCUUUGGGUUGCCACAUGGAAGCUUUGCGCUACCCCGGCGCCCGUGCUGUCCUCGGUCCCGUAGUUCCCGGCACUGUCGUGCCGAACGGAGCUAAGGUGCCAGGCACCAACUACCAGCUGGACCCGAUCCGUGCUGCUUUCAACAACGGCGCUCUGAUCCGCUGGUUGGACUUCAAUGACACUUGGCUUGCAGCCGAGUGGGGUCACCCUUCCGACAACAUCGGUUCCAUUCUUGCUGUCACCGACUGGCUCAGCCGCACUGCUGUCGCUGAGGGUAAGGCUCCCCUGAAGGUCAAGGACAUUCUCGAGGGUGCUAUCAAAGCCCACGAGAUUCAGGGCAACUUGGCCAUCAAGAACUCCUUCAACCGCGUUGGUUUGGACCACGUCGUCCUCGUCAAGGUCGCCUCCACUGCCGUCGUCUCCAAGCUGCUUGGCAACAGCCGUGACCAGACUGUUGACGCCAUCUCUCAGGCGUUCGUGGAUGGCCAGUCUCUGCGUACUUACAGGCACGCUCCCAACGCCGGUUCCAGAAAGUCUUGGGCUGCCGGUGACGCAUGCAGCCGCGCUGUGAACCUUGCACUUCUCGUUCAAAAGGGAGAGAUGGGAUACAACUCUGUGCUGACUGCCAAGACCUGGGGCUUCUACGAUGUGCUCUUCAAGGGCAAGGCCUUCGAGUUCGAGAGAGGUUAUGGAAGCUACGUGAUGGAGAACGUCCUCUUCAAGCUUGUCCCUGCCGAGUUCCACGCUCAGACGGCUGUCGAGGCUUCCAUCAUUCUGAACCAGAAGUUCACCGAGGCUGGAAAGACCGCCAAGGACAUCAGCAAGAUCAAGAUCUUGACUCAGGACAGCGCUAUCCGUAUCAUUAGCAAGGCUGGUCACUUGGCCAACUACGCCGACCGUGACCACAGUCUGCAGUACAUGGCUGCCCUCGGCUUGCUCUUCGGCAAGUGCGAGCCUCACAUGUACGGAGACGACUUUGCCGCCGAGCACGGUGCAGCGAUCGACUCUCUUCGUGAGAAGAUGUGGGUCGAGGAGGACGCUGGCUACACGGAGACCUACUUGGACCCUUCCAAGCGCACCAUCGGAAACAGCGUCGAGCUCGAGUUCACUGACGGCUCCAAGCUCGGCCCCGUCGCGCUCGAGUACCCCGUGGGCCACCGCGCCCGUCGUGAGGAGUCCAUUCCCCUCAUCAAGAAGAAGCUCGGCGUUCACCUCGAGGGCCAAUUCGACGAGGCCAAGAAGCAAGAGCUGCUCAGCUUGAUCGAUGACCACGAGAAGCUGAUCAGCCUCGACGCUCACAAGUUCGUCGACCUCUGGGUCAAGAACUAAGCGCAUCUCGCUCAGAACCAGAGACGAAGCCCAGAGAUGUAGUGCAUUGUCUCUUGCGAGAGUACAAUGCAAACCAAAAGGUCAAUGAUGUAUUGUCUAUUCGCAGCAUCCUGCGUGUCGUCGAAGCAGUUGCCCACAAUUUUGCAGCCCUGUACAAUGUUUGGCGAUCCGCAGAUUUGCAGGCGGGCCAGUAGCACCACACGCGGCGAGAAAGGGCGCGCGAAGACUGAGAGACGCAAUGAUGGCUUGGUGCGAUUCUGUCCAUGAGGUUCAGAAACGCGAGUCGAAUAGGAAUCGAUGAUCAGAGGCGGGGUGCAAGCCGAAGCGCAAGUCCUUCAAAGCUACAGUCCAUGCGUGGGCUCCGCCACGCCCAAUUGUUUCCUGCGUCCUCUUCCUCUGCGCAAACCCUGUCC